AUUCUAACUUGCUUACAAAGCCAUAUACGAUUGCAAAUAAAAACUCCUACCAAAAUCCAAUAUUUUCCAUCAUUUCAUACAUUUCGAGGAUAGCAAGAAGCAUCCAAAAAAAGAAGUGAUGAAAGAUCGGAUGCAGCGAUGUGUGGUAUUGCCGUUUUCGUUUGGGUGCUCGAAGCAAUCUAGCGUCGCCGUGGCUGAUUCUACACGUCAACACAAGAAACCAAACCAACUCAUCAAAAAUGAAAGUGAGGAUAAUGGCUUCUUGGUUCAAAAAGAAGACACAAAGAUGGAUAACAACAAUGCAAAUAUCUCAGACAAAAUAAUUCGAAGCUUCAAGAGUUUUUCUCACUUUUUCAUUUGUUACGAAGAGGAGGAGAGGGAAGAAAGAGAAGCGGAGAUGGAGAUAGGGUUUCCAACGGACGUGAAGCACUUGAGCCACAUUGGAGUUGAUGGAACCAUGACCACUUUCAAUGUCUCAUCCUCAUCUUUUCCAUUCGCCGGUCUCCAUCUCACUGCCGUCUAAUUGAUUAACUAAAAUCAACUCUAUGAUACAUUUAUUUUACAUGUAUACAUUUCUGUUAAUAUGUAACAGUUUCGUAGUCAAACGUAAGAUUAAAAUAUUUUUUCGCUUGCAAGAAAAGUACCACAAAGUCUACUGACUAACAAAAGGUGGUUAAUUACCGCUUCAUCAGUUUUAAGAUAUACUGCAAAUAAACGGAGUAACAAAUUGCAGUAAAUUGUUACCGUUUCCAUCAUUACUCGUUUAUUGUAUUGCAACCAUGAAAAAGAUUGUACUGCAGGUAAAUAACAAAUUGAUAAAAUUAAUUCCAAUCUGAAAAAAAAAAA